AUGAGUUGUUCAACAUUUGAACAAAUCUAUCAACAAAAGGGUAUUCAAUGUUCAUUUGCAUUAAAAAGAAAUAUACCAAAAGAAGAUAUUGAAAAAUGUUGGGAUAAAUUAAUGAAAGAAUAUCCAUAUUGUUGUAAUUAUGAAGAAGAGAUAUACAGUGAAGAUAAUAAACCAUUAUACAUAUCAAUUCAAUCAUAUCCGAUUCAUUCAAUUCAAGAAGCUUUAGAUUAUAUCAUUAGAGAAAAUUCAUUUGAAGUUGCAAAGACUCGAUGUUUUGGAAUGAAAAAAAGUUCAUUAUUAAUAUAUAGUUAUAUCACUUUAAAUUCAACACAAUACACUAUAUUUGGAAUGUAUCAAUGUCAUUUAAAAACUGACUUUAAAUCAAUAGUUUUUUUAGUAGAAUCAUUUUUAAAUUACAGUGUUCAAAUAGAACAUCAACAUUAUCCAAUACAAACUGCUUAUUCAAAUCUUAUUGAAGUAAAUGGAAUUCCAGAUGAUGAAAGAAAAGAAAUGGCAGAAUUAUUUAUUCAAAGAAAUGUAAUUCAAUAUGACUAUAGUAAAUUAAAAGAUGAGUCUUUAAUAACAAAAGAUAAAUUAUUAGAAGCUCAAGAAGAAACUAAUACAAUUAUUCCUAAUUGUUUUAUUUCUAAAACAAUAAAAUUAAAUCAAGAAGAAACAACUAAUUUUAUUCAAUGGUGUAAUGAUAAUAAUCUUUCAAUACAAGCUACUCUUCUUGCAAUACAAUUAAAAACAUAUGACCAUUUAUUUAAUAAACAAAAUAAACAAGCUACAACUAUUGCUUUUAUGAUUCCUUAUGAUAUUAGAAAAUUUUUACCUAAAAUUCAAAAAGAGUCAAUUGGUUGUUUUUAUGAAAAUAUUUAUCCAUCAUAUCCUUAUAAUUUUCUUCAAUUAUCUAUUAAAGAAAUGGCAGAACAAAUUACUCAAUACAUUAAAAAUAUUGAUGAAAUUAAUCAUCCAUUUUUUGAUAGAUUUAGAGAUGCAGUGUAUUGUGGAAAUACUAAUUUAUUAAAACUUCCAUACACAACAACAUUAACUAAUAUUAAUUCAUUUAUAGUAAUGGAAAGACUUCAUCCAUUAAUUAAAAAAGAUUUUAUAGAUUUUCAUAUAUCAAAUUGUAAAAGAAUACAAUGUAAUAAAGAAAUGAAAGAAUUAAUAGUGUAUAGUUAUUUUCUUUUUGAUGGAACAUGUAAUAUUUCAUUAUCUUAUGAAUAUUCAAUAAUACCAUCAAUAAUUUCAGAAGAAGUAUUAAAAGAGAUGUAUUCAAUAAUAAUUACACUUUAA